CAUUACUUGAACAGGUGGUGAAGAAAUCUCCGGAUCAUUCAAUGAUUCUUUUAGUACCUCUUCAGGUAGAUCUUUCGGUGGCGAUAAAUACGAAGAAGAAGAAGACGAAGAUGACGAAGACGACGAUAAUCUUGAAUGUGAUUCUGAGUUAAUAAUUACAGUUUCUGUUUCUUGUAAAGACUCCAUAAACACCUGGAGAAGCAAUCAUCAAUGCAUCAUUUUAAGCAAUUUCUCGGGCUAUUCGAACAAAUAUAACAUCAAAAAACAUACCUUGAAAUCGAUUUGACCAGAGCCUGAUGAGUGAAGUUGUGAAAUUUCGUUUCUUUUUCUUGCUAGAGAGAAUGAAGGAAGAAAGAAAAAAAUUAAGAUGAGGAAAAGGGGAUCUAGGGUUUGGUUCGUUGUCUGGAGAUAAACAGAACGAAAGGUUGUAAACUGUGGCCAAAGGUUUACUUGGACUCCUUCUGUUUCACUGGAAACUGUUCAUUUGAAUGGUGAGAGUUUGAUUCUGAUGCAUUAGUAAAUUGUAAGGAAGAGAGGAUUGAGCAAACAUGGGAGAACAACUAGAUCCAUUUUCCGCUUCUAAUCUUCCGGAUUUCAUAUCUUCUCAAAAAAUUGGUAGACCGGUUAAUUUCGAAGGACAAACUAACCGUGGGCAUCCUUUUUCUGGUCUUAAGAAGAGAGGUCAAUCUAGUCGUUCUUGGGUGAAAAUUGAUCAAGAUGGGAACUCUGCGGUUUUGGAGCUCGACAAGGCGACUAUAAUGAAGCGUUGUUCCUUACCAUCCAGGGAUUUGAGACUCCUUGACCCUUUGUUUAUCUAUCCCUCGAGUAUUUUGGGGCGUGAGAGAGCGAUAGUUGUCAGUCUUGAGAAGAUCAGGUGUAUUAUCACAGCUGAAGAGGUCAUUCUCAUGAAUGCUCGAGAUGCAUCUGUUGUUCAGUACCAGUCGGAACUGUGUAAACGCCUUCAAUCAAACCACAACCUAAAUGUUAAAGAUGAUUUGCCAUUUGAAUUUAAAGCGUUGGAGCUGGUUUUGGAACUAUCUUGCUUGUCUUUAGAUGCACAGGUGAAUGAGCUUGAGAUGGAGGUGUAUCCCGUUCUUGAUGAACUAGCCACAAACAUCAGCACCCUUAAUCUAGAACACGUGCGCAGGCUAAAAGGUCGUCUUCUUACCUUAACACAGAAAGUUCAGAAGGUUUGUGAUGAAAUAGAGCAUUUAAUGGAUGAUGAUGAUGACAUGGCUGAGAUGUAUUUGACUGAGAAAAAAGAAAGAGCUGAAGCUCAUGCGUCAGAGGAGCUAGAAGAUAACAUUGGUGAGGACUUUGAAUCUUCUGGAAUAGUUUCGAAGUCUGCGCCGGUUUCACCUGUGGGCUCAACAAGUGGAAACUUUGGGAAGCUUCAAAGAGCCUUUAGCAGCAUUGUUGGCUCACAUAAAAGCUUGUUAAGCUCCUCUAGCAUCGGAGAGAACAUUGAUCAACUAGAGAUGUUACUAGAAGCUUACUUUGUCGUUGUUGAUAACACUCUGAGCAAAUUAUCAUCGCUGAAAGAGUAUAUAGAUGAUACAGAGGAUCUGAUCAACAUUAAGCUGGGGAAUGUGCAGAAUCAGUUGAUUCAGUUUCAACUGCUUCUCACCGCGGCAACCUUUGUGGCAGCUAUUUUUGCCGCUGUAACCGCUGUCUUCGGGAUGAAUUUGCAAGACUCUGUUUUCCAGAAUCCGACGACUUUCCAGUAUGUUUUACUGAUAACAGGUAUUGGAUGCGGUUUUUUGUAUUUUGGUUUUGUGUUAUACUUCAAGCACAAGAAAGUAUUCCCUCUCUGAAAACUUAUGUUAGAGAAGAAGAAGAAGACGCAUGUAGUAGCUUCUAAUGUAAAGAUGAACAACUAAUGUCUUUUGCUGAGCUUAGGCUUAACCUCUAUAGUGAAACAACUGGAUGUGUUUAAGAUUAAUGAUAAGAAAUAAGUUUAAGA